UUAACUCCAGUAGUUCGAUGACUGGCGCGGGCCUGCGGAAAUUCUUGGCAACCCAGAUCUCCCCGGCGACUGUAAUGAGGUUGCCGAAUGGACGGUUCUGGAUCACCAUCCUCAGGACUUGCAGGACGUCGAGGUCUAUCAUCCUUGGUAUCCCUAUGCAGCCCAGACCUCGCUCAAGCUCCCAGUGUCCUCGGAGCUGCUGUAUUUCAUUAGCCGAGGAAGCCUCUCUCACGGCCUCGUUCGCGUUCUUGACGAUGGAGACGAUGAUAGCCACGCGAACGUCACUGUUACUUUCCUGUACGACACUGAGCAUCUGCUGGAAAAAGCAAAGGUCUGUCGCCUUCAGCAGGAGCACGAUCAUAACGGUGUCGGGAUCUUUACUCCGCAGUGGACACAUCGCCAUGAUCACCGUCAUCGCACCUUUUUCUUGAUGGACGUCCACCUUCCGGCCAACAAAGGCUCUUCGCCGCUGCACAUCCAAGGAUUCAAGACCGACAUGCCCCUGUUCCGUCACGCCAUCGCUGAUUUGGCGGAUUCAGUGCGCUUCAAUUCCUUGAUGCUCUCUACAUCGAACGUCGGGAUCCAUUCUCAAUCUCUCCUUGCUGACCGUGCAGAGCUGAAGUCUUCGAAUAACGCCAUCGUAGGCAACUUUACCGUGAGGGAUACACUUGUGAUCCGCACUUCAAACUCCCCUAUUGCCGCCAACAUCACUAUGAUCAAUGGUGGCGAGGACAAGGUGACUGACGUGACUCUUAUCACCAGCAACAGGCAAGUACUUGCAAAGUACAGUACCAUAUCGUCACUAAUGCGACUUAUCUCCAGCCCGCUGUAUUCCAACUUUUCCUUGAUCUCGACCACAAAAAGCGAGAACGGCGGGUCUUUCCGUGUCAACACCAAAACUAUCAACAGCCCUCUUAACGUCAACUUCACCUCUGCCCCUGUCGACUCACUCCUCCACUUCAAGGGCGCAACGUCUAACUCGCCAGCUUAUGUGAGCCUGCACAGCACCUACGAAGGGAGCUUCACGCUGCGUAGCUCGUCACUCCUCCAGCCUCGCAUCGAGCAACGCGAGGAUGUCGAGGAUCCUGCCGGCAAAGACCGCAGGAGGAACGUGGAAAUCUAUAGCAUCCGGCGUGGGAUCGCGGAGGGAAAGGUGACUUGGGUGCCUGCGGAGACUGAGAAGGUCCUCGGAAGCGUUGGGUUGCGGAGCUCAAACAUGCCCGUCGUUCUUGUUGUUUAAGCUUGGUUAAGGGCGAAAUGCCAAUGUCUGUGCCUCACCAAAAUGGUGUAUAUAUCUUAUACAAUGUAUUGUCCUAGGUGACCAAUGGUCGCUAGCAUCCUUCUCGGGGUGUUCGUGCCCGACAUGAACUGAAAUAUUUGUAGUAUAUAUAUAUACUGUUCGCAG